GCUGGACUACAUAAACGUGCUGGCACAGCGUUUCAGAACUCACAAGGGAUCAACAUUCAUUCCGAACAAUUAGUCGGUUGAAACAACGUGUCGAUCGAUGAUCAACUAAAAUAUCAAAGCCAAAGUAAAAAAAAAACACCAACGCCAAUUCCGUCCAUUAGAAUCGAAUUUUUCUAUAGGACUCAGCCAACAACUGCCUAGAACCUUCCCCCCAAAUCCUGUGAUAAUUUCGAACAAAUUUUAGAAAAUCUAAACCGAAACUAAAGAAAAAAACCAACAGUCAACAUGUCAAACACAAACAGUGAAGAAGCUUUCAAUAUUCGUACCGGCUUUGUUAAACCCGAAACCUUGGAAAUAGCCAAAAAUGAAUUACGUGAGACACCAGAAAUUAAAGAAGCAGCCAUUAAAGAGUUGCGUGAGCUGUUAAAUGCCUGCCCCGAUCUCAAAUACAGAGAUGAUGAUGAGUUUUUGAUCAUUUUCCUGAGAGCCUGCCACUUCUAUCCACAGAGUGCAUUUGAAAAGAUGAAGACCACUGCUUCGUUCCGCAAAGAAAAUGCUGCUUUGGUACAUGGCUUGUGUGUCGAACAUGUUCGUGAACAAUUCACCAAUGGCAAUGUCAUCAACGUCCUGAAAAACUGUGAUCAAUUGGGUCGCCGUGUUCUCAUUGUGAACUGUGGCGAAUUAUGGAAUCCCAGUCAAGUGCCAGCCGAUGAUGUCUUCCGUAUGCUGUACUUGGUGCACAUUGCCGCCCAGCUAGAAAUUGAAACACAAAUUCGUGGUGUUGUAUGCAUUAUGGAUUUCGAAGGCUUGUCGAUGAAACAAAUCAAAGCCCUGUCGCCCACAUUCUCGAAACGUUUGCUGACAUUCAUUCAGGAUGCCAUGCCAUUGCGUACCAAGGAAAUUCACUUUGUAAAGCAACCUUUCCUUUUCAAAAUGGUUUGGUCAUUGUUCAAGCCUUUUGUCAGAGAGAAAUUGAAUAAGAGAAUGCAUUUCCAUGGCAGCGACAUGAAAUCAUUGCAAAAAUUCCUUUCACCCGAAAUCCUGCCUGAAAAUUACAAGGGCAAAUUACCAAAGAUUGACUAUAACGGCAAGGAUUGGAUUCAAGCUGUGGAAAAACACGAAGAUUACAUCAAAGAAUGGUCUGAAUUUGGACCUGCAAAAUGGUAAAUUUUACCAUUCAUCCAUUGCUUUGUAGUUUUAAGUUUCACUAAAUCAUUCCUUCCUUAAGAACCUCUUAUUAGAUUUGAGUUUGUUGCUUAUAAGUACCUAGAGUGUAAAUAAAAAAAGAAAACGUUUUAAAUAAAUUUCA